AUGGUCUGUCAUUCGACGCCAGUGGGCAUCACCCUCACCACUUACAGCUAUACCCCAGCAUGCUUUGAGAAACCCGAACAAGCGAAAGUCAAUACAUCUUUCACUUUCAAUACAGAAUACAGUGUCCGGCAUACUUUGGCCUACUGGAUCCAUACAGGGGCGGGGAAUUAUAUAGAUCUUGAUCUGUUAUUUUGUGAUGCGUUUCAAGAACCCCAUUGGAGUGGUCUCUCCAAGAGCGACUUGGAAAACCUGGAGACUACCCUUAGAGAGCGGAAGGUAGAGGCCGUAGUUCAAGUAGUAGAAUCCUUAGAAGCGUUGUGGAAGAAAGGGGUAUACCCGCCUCAUCAAGGUGACCUUUGGCUGAUUAGUACAGCAUACGAAGUAUGGAAUGGCCUGACUGAACAAGUAUGGGAGCUGCAUCUUUUGAAGCAUCAAAAAUGUUCAUUUGACGACUCGCCUGGAGCGCCCUCGCCCCAAUCGCAAAUCUUCAACCCAGCCGAGAGAGACAUCCAGCAGAAAGAACUUGAAGAUUUUGACGGUAGCUCUGAUGGUCAAUAUAUCAAUCGCUAUUGCUGGAUGACGGGAAAUCUCGAUGGCGCUUUGACUCUCCCUGGCAUGGCUACCAGGCCAGAAGAGGACAAUAUUCCUGCCCCUAAUCUUUCAAGCCCCGAGAUUGUGAGCGCUGCCUUGAGUUAUUGGGAUAAGAAAAACAAAGAUUCCGACUACUGUGACCUUGAAUAUUUGUCGUACCUGUGGUCAGAGAAAUUUGGAGGGGAUUGGGAGACUAGCCAUAACCAUCUCCAAGGCCUAGGCAUCAGAAAAUCGGUGGCGGGAUGGGAGAUUGUCCUCGGGCUUAGACAGGUUCUGCUUGAGAGGAUGUUCCCGCCCAGGGAUAAAAUUGUUUCAAUGGUCCAAAAGAGCUUCACGAAGUGGAAUCGAUGCAGCCACGAUGUUCAGCUAAGAAUUGAUCAAGUAUAG